UAGCAGUGAUUGUAUGCGAUGAGUAAGAUUGCGGGGAACUGCACAUAAUCCACGCGCAACAAUAAGCACUUACGUGCAAACCUGCCAGAUCCGAUGGAAGGUUCAGCAGAUGAAUUUGGGGGCAAUCCCCGAAGCCGGGAGCUUGCCGUAGGGUCGGAGGAUGACUUGCUAGCGCAGCAGGAAGCUUUCCUUGCGCAGCUACGCCGUCCAGCUGCCGGCGUAACUCGCGUCUCACGCGUUGGCGGCCCAGCCGCAGCCCCCGCAAGCACACAUGGCCCAGCCGGAAACGCUGCGAUGACCGGGUCAACUCCCAGCCAGCAGCCGUGCGGCAACCAUGGCCAGCCCAGCAACGCUGCAGCUGCUACUGCUCCUGCGGUGGUUGCUUCAGCCCCAGCUGCCGUACUCCGGGGCCAGGGUGGGGCCGGAGCCCGCGGUGUGCCUAGCGGCAGCGGUUACAGUGGCGGCGGAGGGGGCGCCCCGGGCCCCCACCCCGAGGGCGGCAUGCGCCGACCCGACCUGCGCGGCGAGACGGAGGAGCAGCUGAUGCGCAUGCAGGAGGAGUUCCAGCGGCACAGCAGCAUCCCCGCAGCUCGGGUCACUCGCAUCGGCCGCCCUGGAGGGGCAGCCGCUGCCGCUGCUGCUGCUGCUGCUGCCGCAGACGAGGGCAGCGGUGCUGCACCCGCUGCCCCCCGUGGGGCCGAGGCCGGGUUGGGGCCGG